UCUUAUUGUUAAGUGAGUUCACAGGUCACGGCGGGUAGACAAAUUUCACGCACCGAUUUCCUGCUAACUCGCACAGAGUUUCCAUGGCGAUAAACCGCGCAGGGCAGGGCCAGGAUUCUUCCGCUGACGUCAUCUGGGACACGUGGAUUCAAGAUGGCGGCUGCUGCGAGGAGGUGGGUGGCGCUGCUCCUGGGUCUCUCCCUUCUUCAUGGAAUUAAUACCUUCUAUGUACCUGGAGUGGCACCAAUGAACUUCCGACAGGAUGACCUGGUGGAUAUUAAGGCUGUCAAGCUUACAAGUUCUCGCACACAGCUGCCUUAUGAAUACUAUUCUCUGCCAUUCUGCGAGCCGUCUAAGAUUACUUACAAGGCAGAGAAUCUUGGGGAAGUUCUCAGAGGGGAUCGUAUUGUUAACACUCUUUUUGAUGUGCGGAUGAACAAUGACAAGAAAUGUGAAGUUCUAUGUCAUACACAUAGUAACCCACUAGUACUAACUGUUGAACAGAGCAAACUGAUGGCAGAACGGAUUCGCGAGGACUAUUAUGUUCAUCUGAUAGCUGACAAUCUUCCUGUGGCCACCAGAUUAGAUAUGUAUGUAAAAGGUGAGGAGGAAGAUAAGAAGGAUAAAGAAGUGCAGUUUGAGCACGGUUACCGUCUGGGCUUCAGUAAUAAUAACAUGUUUUAUCUGCACAAUCACCUGUCCUUCUAUUUGCAUUUUCAUCGUGAAGCUGUGGAAGACAAUCAGGAACCCACCUUUAGGGUAGUUAGAUUUGAAGUCAUUCCUCAAAGCAUCAGACUGGAAGAUCUUAAAGGUGGCGAUGAUAAAUCCUGCAAUAUCCCUGAAAGCGCCAACUCUGCCCCUCAGGUCAUUGAUCCCACCAAGGAGAACAAGCUGCUAUUCACAUACUCUGUCCAGUGGAAGGAGAGCGAUAUUAAGUGGGCUUCACGAUGGGACACUUACCUAACUAUGAGCGAUGUCCAGAUUCACUGGUUCUCCAUUAUCAACUCUGUCGUUGUGGUGUUCUUUUUGUCAGGUAUUCUGAGUAUGAUUAUAAUCCGGACUUUGAGGAAGGACAUUGCAAACUACAACAAGGAAGAUGACAUUGAGGACACCAUGGAAGAAUCUGGCUGGAAGCUUGUGCAUGGUGAUGUAUUUCGGCCACCUCAGUAUCCUAUGAUUCUAAGCUCCCUCCUGGGUUCUGGCAUUCAACUCUUCUGUAUGAUACUGAUAGUUAUCUUUGUAGCCAUGUUGGGAAUGCUGUCUCCGUCAAGUAGAGGAGCACUGAUGACUACCGCCUGCUUCCUCUUCAUGUUUAUGGGGAUUUUAAUGGCUGGAAUCUUGCCUUUUGGAGCAAUGUUUAUUGAGCUCUUUUUCAUUUUCAGUGCAAUUUGGGAAAAUCAGUUCUACUAUUUGUUUGGAUUCUUGUUCCUUGUAUUUAUUAUCCUUGUGGUGUCUUGUUCCCAAAUCAGCAUUGUCAUGGUAUAUUUCCAGCUUUGUGCUGAGGAUUACCGCUGGUGGUGGAGAACGUUCCUGGUGUCUGGUGGUUCAGCUUUCUAUGUUUUGGUCUAUGCCGUUUUCUACUUUGUGAAUAAGCUGGAUAUUGUGGAGUUUAUCCCAUCCCUCCUAUACUUUGGAUACACAGCCCUCAUGGUUCUAUCAUUCUGGCUUCUUACUGGAACAAUUGGCUUCUAUGCUGCCUACAUGUUUAUUCGGAAGAUAUAUGCUGCAGUGAAAAUAGACUGAUCAAGACAUUAUCUGCACUAUACCUAGCACAAGGCAGUCACCAUUUUCCUCUGCAAUGCCACCAUCAGGGAGAAGUAAAUAAAACCAUCAUCCUCAUCCAGAAUGUAAUGUUUGGUACCACUUCCAUGGACACGGUGUGGAAUUAUAUCUAACAGCAUUUUAACCUUUUUGGUAUUCCAAUUUCCAGUGCGGGUUUUUACUUUUUAGCUGACAUCUGUCCACUUAUAUAAUUAUACAUUUAUGCUAAUUCUUUUUUUAAAUUAUUACGUUGGGUUAUAAAUAAGGGUGAUACUCUUGACUCUUAUUGUGGCAGUACAAGCCUGUAUAUCGGCUUAGAGAUUGAUGAAACCCAUGCAUGCCUGGCUACAGAGUACCACAAGCAAUAGACAAGCUAGUAAGAAGAGUUUCUUGCAGACCUAAGGAGUCGUGCCAUUGCAUCUAUGCCAGUGUUAGUUACUUGGAGUGGUGCUGGAGCAGUCUGGAGUGCCAACUAGUAGGGUAGACUGCCACUGUCCAGGCUCAGAUGGGAAAUAUGAGAAGUGUCUCCACUUGUGUGUGUUCCAUUACACAAACUCUUUGCCAAGGGCUGGGAAUAUGUGAAUGCUUGUAUAAUAUAUACGGGAAACAGGGAAGUCUCUGUCGGAGGUCAUUGGCCUGACUUUAAACAAAAUGUGCUGUUGUAAUACAAAGCUCCAAAUAAUGCAGGGUUUGUCUCCUGCAAGCGCAUGGAUAUGAUGAAUUAUUUCUCUAACAACUGUUGUGCCACAAAUCCUGGAAUUUGCAUUUGGUGUGUUGUGCGUUUAUAUAAUUUUUUAAUUCCCCCCCCCCCCCCUUAUUACCCUUUUUCUUUUUUGGGGGACCAGCCUGGAUGCAGCACAUUAAUAACCCAGAAAAAAAAAAAAACAUUUAUUCAGUUUUAAAAUGAAAUUCUUCAACUCUGAAAUGUCUCAUGAUUUAUCUUUUUUUAAUUCUUUUCAUUCUGUGUGUCCUUUUUUGUAAAUAAAUAUGGCCCUUCCGGUGUA